GCAGUUGCUAGUGCGAAAAAAGUGUUGUUUUCUUUCCCCAGUUUAUAUUUCCAUGUGUUGUCAACCUUUUAGAAUCUCUUAGACGUGCUGUGGAAACCACAGGGGGUUUUAUGGCCUAUGAGGAGAAAUUAUUUUGCUGUUGUUUGUCUUGGUUUCGUCUCGGGAGCAACAGAAGCUCUGAGCGUUAGCAUCUUCCGUUAGCUGGAAACAGACAGUCAGCGAUUCAGAGACGCUUUGGUGGAAAACAGACCGUUUCUGAUGGAGAGAAAGGAGAGAAAUGUUUCUGCUGCGACCGGGUGAAACUAUGGAGGAACCGACACACAGUGAGCGGAUGGACUCCGACUUUCAUGAUGUCCAGCAGCUGACGGUGGUUAAAGAAGAGCUUUCUCUUGAGGAGGAGAACUGGAGUCCCACACCAGACCAGGAGGACCAGAAGCCUCCACGAAUUAAAGAGGAGCAGGUGGAGAAUGAGGUCACAGAGUUCAUAUUUGAUCCUGUAUCUAUAAAAAAUGAAGACGUUGAAGAGAAACCUCAGCUCUCAGAGCUUUAUCACGACCAGAUGGAGCUGAACAGAGACGAUACAGGAGCAGAACCAGAUGAAUGUUUGGAAACUGACGAGGAAGACAAAGCAUCGGGUUCUUCAGAGACAGAUGUCAGUGAUGGGAACUGGGAGGAGAGCAGUGAAGCUGAAUCUGGUUCAGACUCUGUGAGAAACAACAAAUCUUCGGUAGGUGAUGGAAACUGUGAGAGAGAUGAGAAGCUUCACAUUUGUGGUGAAUGUAGUAAAGCAUUCAAACGCAGAUCAUGUUUGGUACGACACAACAGAAUCCACACAGGAGAGAAACCCUUCAACUGUUCCAUCUGUAGCAAAUCAUUCACAUGGAAACGAGGCUUGGUUAUACAUAUGAGAACGCACAGUGGAGAAAAACCUUUCAGCUGCUCAGUCUGUGGUCAAAGGUUCUCGAGAAAGGAGUCUGUGACUUCUCACAUGAGAUGUCACUCAUCAGAAAAACCUUUCAGCUGUUCUGUUUGUGGGAAAAAGUUCAAUAGGAAAGAAAAUGUCAUUCGGCACAUGAGAUGUCACACUGAAGAAAAGCCCUUCAGUUGCUCCAUCUGUGGACAAAAGUUUGGCAGGAAGGAAAGUUUAAGCUAUCACAUGACGCAUCACACUACAGAGAAACCCUACAGCUGUUCUGUCUGUAACAAAGCCUUUACUCUGAAAGUAACUUUGAUGGAACAUACAAGAUUUCACACAGAAGACAGACCAUUCAGCUGCUCUGUCUGUAAAACUGCUUUUAAAAGAAAAGCCUAUCUGACAGAGCACAAAAAAAUUCACACCGGAGAGAAACCUUUCAGCUGUUCAGUCUGCGGCCGAAGCUUCCGUCAGUCUAACAGCCUGAAGCGCCACAUGAGAAGUCACACAGAAGAAAAACCUUUCAGCUGCUCCGUCUGUCAGGCAACAUUCAAAUGGAAAAGUGCUUGUGUAAAACACGUGAAAAAUCACACAGGUGAAUAACCGGUGAAGUAGCGAUGCAGCAUUUUGCAAUGUAUUCAUACCCAUUAAAAUUUCCCACAUUUUCUAAUGCUACAACAACAAACAGCAGUCCAGGGUUUCCAUUAAACCAACAAAAAGUAGUGAAUAAUGGUGUGGUGGAGGAGAAUGAUUGUUGUUCAGGAUCAUUUUAUCAGUUUUUGCAAUCGGUUGAUGGUAUUCAUAGCUCCUGUGGGCAGAACAAGCAAUGAUUAGGUUUUAGGGGUGAAUGAAAUCUGUAGCAUAUGUUUGGAAGAUGGAUGGACCAAACCUGGGUUUGGGAUGGAGGUGGAUCGCUCAGUAAAUCUGAAUAUUAUUUUAAAAAUUAAUUUCAGUGACUUAACUUUAAGUGAAACACAUUAUAUAAAUUAAUUACACACAAACAGAUGUUUGUGUGUAAUUAGCUUUUAAGCUUUUAUUCCUUAAUUGGAAUUAAUUUUAACUUUAAGAUAAUGAAAUGCAGCAUUUCAGAUUAAAAUACUAUAUUAAAUCAACAAAAAACACUUUUAAAACAGAAAUGUUGUAAAAAAAAAAAAAAUUAUGUUUAAUUCCGGAUUAAAGAUCAUUUUCAAAGCACACUUUAAUCUGACAGACGAGCCUCAUAGUAAAUAGGCGGUUUUAUGGCUGAUCACCAAAUUUAGCUGAUGCCAAUUUUUGUUGUCUGAAAUGUAGCUAAAUGUAGCAACAAAAUUGCUAACGGUGCACGGUUAGCUUUUUGAUUCAGUGGUGUUGUUGCAGAAAUGUAACCAAAAACUUGCAGGACAGCAAAACACAAAGGCUGGAGUUGUAAAGGCUUUAAAUUGUUGUAAUGUUUCAAAGUGUCCCUGUGAAAAUUCAGACAUAGCAUUAACUGAGGAUGUGUGGGGAAGAUUGAGGUUCUCUGUCCAAGCUUUAUUGUUUCACGAUAAUACAAGAAAAAACUGAGAUGAUUGUGGUUUCAAAGUGACAAAAAUGUGAAAAAUUCAAGGGUAUAAAUAUUUUUUAGCAAAGUGUAACAAUUUUUUCUGUUUGGAUUUUAAUUGAUGUGUAAAAUUAAAUAAACUCUGCUGCAUGACUGAU